AUGGCAAGGGACAAAUUGCAUUAUGCUGCAGUUCCAGACUUGAAGAUGAAACUCAUUAGUCAAAGACAAACAGACGGAAGGUUGUAUAACUUACCAACUACCACUGAAGUUGUUUCCUUGAUUGUUGGUGAUGAACACUCAGCUGAUAAAAGAGAUAUUAUAAUAGAAAAAAAAUCCGGACUUCUGAAGAGAAUACAUGAACUUCAUCCUGCAUAUUUGCCUUUGCAAUAUCCACUUUUAUACCCAAAAGGAGAAGAUGGUUACAAACUAAAUAUACCUCACAAAGAUCAUGCCAAUAUAGAUGCUGCAAAGAGGAAACAAGUCACAUUGUGCGAAUAUUUUUGUUACCGCCUACAGUCAAGAACUAAUGAAGCACAGACUAUACUUCAUUCCAGAAGAUUAUUUCAGCAAUGGAUUAUUGAUGGAUAUUGUAUGAUUGAGCCUCAAAAACUAAACUAUGUCAGACAACAUCAACAACAACUCAGGGUUGACAAAUACAUCAAUUUAACUGGCUCUAAUGACCAUCUUGAAACACUUGGUAGGGACAGAGGAAAGAGAAUCAUACUGCCAAGUAUUCGCCUUACUAAAAAGGAAACAAUUCAUUUAUGCUUAACUAAGAUUGAGAAUAUGCUACAAGCGAACAGAAGGAGCUUGCGAGAUUUUCCAUCCAUGCCAUACCCAAUAGGAUAUGCACGAAACCAACAUCAUAAUAAUCUUAUCCAUAAUGAAAUGGCAUAUGACAAAGAAAUUAUAUAUUACUAUUUGUUAAUAUGUGAAUAUAUAAUUACAAAUGAGCAAAAAACUAUUGUCGAUACCAUUAUGUCUGUGGUUAACACUCAAUCAGCUACAGUUUACUUUCUCUAUGGAUAUGGUGGAACUGGCAAAACAUUUGUUUGGAUAGCCUUAUCAUCUGGUAUACGCUCCAAUGGUGGAAUUGUUUGUACAGUUGCUUCGAGUGGAAUUACUUCAUUACUAUUGCCUGGUGGUCGGACCACACAUUCCAAAUUUGCUAUACCAGUCCCUGCAACAGAAAAUUCAACAUGCAAUAUUCAUCAAGGCAGUGAGUUAGCUGAAUUAUUAAAGGUUACAAAACUAAUAGUCUGGGAUGAAGCUCCAAUGUGUCACAAAUUUGCAUUUGAGGCACUAGAUAAAAGUCUUAAAGACAUCAUGCAAAACAAUCUGGCUUUUGGAGGGAAAAUUAUCGUUUUUGGUGGAGAUUUUCGACAGAUCUUGCCAAUUGUUCCAAAAGGUAAUCGCUCAGACAUCGUCCAUGCAACUAUAAAUGCAUCAUACAAUGAAGAACUCAAACAAUUUGCACAUUGGCUACCUGACAUAGGAGAUGGAAAAAUUGGACAAUAUAAUGAUGGAUUUUCAGAAAUCACUAUUCCAGAUGAGUUUCUUAUCAAAAAUUAUGAUGAUCCUAUCCAUGCUAUUGUUGAAGCCACAUAUCCCAGCUUGUUAGAUAACUACAGUGACACAGAUUACUUGCAAAAAAGAGCUUUUCUUGCCUCUAAAAAAGAAAUUGUUGACAAAAUAAAUGAUUAUGUCCUAUCACUUAUACCCAAUAACGAAAAAGAGUAUUGCAUCGUAGAUAGUAUUGAUAAAUCAGAUGAAUUGCUCAAUCCUGCUUUCGCAUUAUUGCCACCUGAAUUUAUGUAUUCAUUGCAAACAUCAGGUAUACCUAAUCAUAAAUUAAAACUUAAGGUUGGAACUCCAAUCAUGCUAAUACGAAAUCUCGACCAGACUGAUGGCCUGUGCAAUGGAACUAGGCUCAUUAUCACCAAACUCAGAUCUAAUGUGAUUGAGGCUGAAGCAAUUACUGGGCCUAAUUCAAGAAAUAGGACAUACAUACCCAGAAUAAAUAUGUCUCCAUCUGAAUCUCCAUGGCCAUUCAAACUUAUAAGGAGGCAGUUUCCAUUCAUAGUUUCUUAUGCUAUGACUAUAAACAAAUAUCAGGGACAAUCAUUACACCACAUAGGACUGUAUUUGCCACACCCAGUUUUUAGUCAUGACCAACUAUAUGUUGCACUCUCAAGGGUUAAAAGCAAAGAUGGACUUCAUAUUCUCAUACAUGACAAUGACGGUAAUCCAAAAAAUAUUACCAGUAAUGUUGUUUACAAUGAAGUCUUUGCCAAUUUAUAA